AUGGUGUCGGCUCAGGGGCCGUCAAGCAUGAUGGGGGGCGGCGACGCCGGCGGGUUCAUGUCUGGCAUUUCCCCCUUGGGCCUCAUGGCGGCAGGUGGCCUGCUGUCUGCCCCCCAGCAGUACGUGCAGCAGCGCAUGGGGUGGCUCAAAACCAACAUGACCGGCGGCACCAUGAGCGCGCUGUUCAACAUCACGCCGUCUUACGUCAGCAGCAAGGUGCUGAUGCUGCUGGCGCCGUUCCUAGGAAGGUGGACCUACACGCGCGCCAACGAGCAGAUUGCGGGCGGGCAGAAAUACCGGCCCCCCGCCGCGGACGUCAACGCGCCGGACCUGUUUGUGCCGCUGAUGGCGGCGUGGACCUACGCGCUGCUCAACUGUGUGCUGCUCGCGCUGAGGGGCAAGUUCAGGCCGGAGGCCAUGAGCAACAUGGUGUAUGGGACGUGCGUGGCCUGGGGCGUGCACUGGGUGGCGGCGUGGCUUGUCCUGCGGGCGAUGUCGGUGCCGGGCGUGCCGUGGAGCGAGCUGCUGGCUUACACGGGGUACCCCUUCGUGUCGGUCUGCAUCAGCGUGGCGGCGCAGCAGCUCGGAGGUCGCGCGGCGUACUACGCGGCGUGGGGGUACGGCAGCCUGUGCAUGGGCGUGUUCAUGGUGCGCACCAUGAAGCGCGUCAUCUUCCAGGAGACGCGGCAGUACGGUGGCGGCGGCAUUUGUUUCAACGGCAACUAUGCUGAGCGUGCUUGGGCAGGCGCGGCAGGUGCCACCGCACUGCCGGCCCUGCCCGGGGGCCCCUAA